GCCUCCCUAAAGCGCCCUGAGCGGGGAUUGACCCUACAAUCUAGGUGUGUGCCCACAACCUUUUGGUGUGCGGAUGACGCUCCAACCAACUGAGCCACCGGCGAGGGCUUGACCUUUGAUUGAUGAUGUCUUUGGACUGGCUUUCAGUAUGGCCGAGGGGAGGCCUGACAUCUGGGAACACUUGCUGAGAAGUGUCACGAGCCAGCUCAGAGACAGUGCUCAGUGCCCUGGCCAGCACGCACACCUCCCCUGCUGUGUUGGGCCUUGGCCAUUUCUUCCUUUGUGGUGAGUGGUUUGUGCUCACGUCGUCUGGGAGCUCUUCUGGAACGGUCCUGAGGCCGUCGCAGCAUCUGGACCUCGAGCGCCUGCUUCCCUUUGUUUCCUGUCCGGAGCAGAGGGCGGAGAGCCUGGGUCUGAGCCUCCGCCGGGCUGAGGCGGCCGGGUCAGGGACGGUGGCGUGGCAGACGCUGAUGGAUGUUUUGUGCUGCCGUUUUUCAAGUGUCCGGUCUGAGUGGACACCCAGGACCUCUGAUUUAAUGCCAGCCUUCGCUACCUUCCAGGGUAUUAAUAAGAGAGCUUUUAUCUGGGAAUAGAAGUCACUUCUGACUAACUUUUCUCUUUAGGAUUCACAGAUGGAUUCCCUAGAAAAGAAAACAAACAGAAGUGAACAGAAGUCCAGAAAGUUUUUAAAAAGCCUCAUCCAGAAACAGCCGCAGGAGCUGCUCCUGGUGAUUGGGACGGGCGUCAGUGCGGCGGUGGCCCCGGGGAUCCCUGCGCUCUGCUCCUGGCGUGGCUGCCUGGAAGCCGUCAUUGAGGCAGCGGAGCAGCUGGAUGUGCUGCACCCUGGGGACGUGGCCCAGUUCCGCAGGAAGGUGAAGGACCGCGACCUGCUGGUUGUUGCCCAUGAUCUGAUCCGGAAGAUGUCACCGCGCACAGGCGACACCAAGCCCAACUUCUUCCAGGACUGCCUGAUGGAGAUCUUCGACAACCUGGAGCAGCACCUCCAGCACCCGCAGGUGCUGCAGUCCAUCCUCAGCCUGAUGGAGAGGGGCACGCUGGUGCUGACCACCAACUACGACAACCUGCUGGAGAUCUUCGGGCAGCAGCAGAACAGGCCCAUGGAGUCCUUGGAUUUGAAGGACAAGACCAAGGUCCUUCAGUGGGCGAGAGGACUCAUCAGGUACGGUGUUCUGCACAUCCAUGGCUUGUACACAGACCCCUGCGGGAUGGUCCUGGAUCCGUCGGGAUACAAGGACGUCACUCAAGACCCAGAAGUGAUGGAGGUGCUCCAGAACCUGUACCGCACCAAGUCCUUCCUGUUCGUGGGCUGCGGGGAGACCCUGCGGGACCAGAUUUUCCAGGCGCUCUUCUUGUACUCGGUGCCGAACAAGGUGGACCUGGAGCACUACAUGGUGGUGCUGAAGGAGAGCGAGGACCACUUCUUCAAGCAGCAGGCUGACAUGCUGCUGCACGGCAUCAAGGUCGUGUCCUAUGGCGCCUGCUUCGACCACUUCCCGGGCUAUGUGCAGGACCUGGCCACGCAGAUCUGCAGGCAGCGGAGUCCAGAUGCCGAUCGAAUGGACAGCACCACGCUGGGGAGCGCGUGCCAGGACUGUGCGAAGAGGAAGCUGGCAGAGAACGGAGCCGAAGUUUCGAAGCGGCCCCGACAGUCAGGUGAUGCUGGAGCGUCUUGAAAUCUUUAAAACCAAUAAAACCUGCAACUUGAGAACCAACCUUCUUGUGACCACAGUGCCGUCCCCAAGCGAUGAGGAAUGUCCCGAGGACUCUACACAGACCUCUCGCUGCUAAACCGUCACCUUCCCCAGGAGAGCCCUGGGGUGUGUGGCUGCAGAGGCCGGGUGACAGUCCCACGGUGUGUCUACUGGGGGCAAAGCGCGCACCUUGGUAUCCUCCGUGAGGACUGGUGGACAACUACCUCAGGGGCCCCGUCGGCAAGGGGGUUAGGAUGCCUGGGGUUCCGACCCCCACUUGACACGCCCUCUCGGUCAAGGUGGGUUUUUCUAAUAAAGGGGAGUGAAGACUGUACAAGCAACAGUAGUUGCCAAAGAGAAAAUAAGAAACUAGACUUUUACAUUUUCUAAUUUUUAUGCGGAAACAUGAUAGUAAAAACUUUCAACGUAUGUUUGUUAUGUUGUUAAAUAGUAAAGAGUACUUGCGGUAUUGAA